GUGGGCUCCCUCUAUUAAAUUUACUUAUCAGUGUGCAAGUAGUACUGAAAUAGUACUUCAAUAUACUGUACCUACUGAAGACAUUAACUCCUUUCACAAAAUGUACGAAAAUUCUUGUUCAUAUCAAACGGCGCUGGACCUAAAACGCGUCUCUCCUCCAACGUUAACACAAGUCAAAACUGAAGACUGCCUUACUUUAGGUCAGUGUUCACCAGACUGGACGUCAUAUCGUUUCCAUCAAUCAACAUUCGAACAAUUGAAGCAAAGUGUAGAGAAAGCAAAAGCAGCUCUACAAGACCGCAGCACAUUUUUUGGGGCUACCAGCGCAUUUAGUGAUAUUUACUCUACACAACGUUUAAGUGACACUCUAGACACACUACCUAAUGUACAGAGCAGUAAUGGAGCCAAUUGUAUUGGUAUUGUGCACAAUAUGAAUUCAAGCUCAGUGGCCAGUUCACCGAGUAUUGUAUUGAAUGGUAAUGGUAUAACAACAGUUUCGUCUGCUACGACAGGCCAACGUUACCGUUUGGAUAGUUUGCAACCUGCUGGCUGCUCACCAGGACAGCAUGGCGUUAUCACCUCAACAGCUCCACCACCUUUAACGACAACAUCCUUAGAUUCAUCAAAUGUAGAAACAAAAUCAAGGGAUAAAUCUUCUGCGGGUUUAUCAACCACAUCUCUUGGUAGCGCAAACAACGAUAGUCAUCGUAGUUCUAAUAAAUGCUUAACGGGUAAGUGA